GUCUGCUGUUAAAGUCACCGCGUUGCUCUGCUGCCAGCUCUGUCACGCGGUGACCUGUACCAAGUCAUAGGAAGGACGCCUGGGACCCAGGAAACUCAGCAAUGGACUCACUGGACAUUGAGGACGUGGCUGUGAACUUUACCCCUGAGGAGUGGGCCUUACUGGAUCCUUCACAGAAGAAACUCUACAGAGAAGUGAUGUGGGAAAUCUUCAGGAACCUGGCCUCAAUAGGAAAAACAUGGGAAGAUCAUGAUAUUGAAGAUCAGUACAAAGACCAGGGGAGAAAGCAAAGAAGUCAUAUGGUGGUGAGACUCUGUGAAAGUGAAGAGGGUAGUCAAUGUGGAGAAAACUUCAGCCUUAUUCCAAAUCUAAAUCUGAACAAGCAACCUAUAGGAGCUAAACCAUGGGGAUGCAGUGCAUGUGGAAAAGUCUUCAUGCAUCAUUCAUCCCUUAAUAGGCAUGUUAGAUGUCACACUGAACAGAAACCACAUGACUAUCAAAACUAUGGAGAGAAGCCCUAUAAAUGUAAGGAAUGUGGGAAAGCCUUCAGAUUUCCCAGUUUUCUUCAAAUACAUGAAAGAACUCAUACUGGAGAAAAACCCUAUGAAUGUAAAAAAUGCAGUAAAGCAUUCACUUAUUCCAGUUCUCUUCAAAUACAUGAAAGGGGUCACACUGGAGAGAAACCCUAUGAAUGUAAAGAAUGCAACAAAACCUUCAGUUGUAAUAGUUCUCUUCAAAAACAUGACAGAAUUCAUACUGGAAAGAAACCCUUUGAAUGUAAAAUAUGUGGUAAAGCCUUCAGGUUUCCCAGUAAUGUCCAAUUACAUGAAAGAACUCAUACUGGAGAGAAACCUUAUGUAUGUAAAAUAUGUGGUAAAGCCUUCAGUUUACUCCAAAGUUUUAAAGUACAUGAAAGAAUUCAUACUGGACAGAAACCCUUUGAGUGUAAAGAAUGCAGUAAAGCCUUCCGUUGUAAUACUUCUCUUCGAAAACAUGAGAGAAUUCAUACUAGAGAGAAACCUUAUGAAUGUAAAAAUUGCAGUAAAUCAUUCAUUUCUCCCAGUUUACUUCAACAACAUAAAAGAAUUCAUACUGGGGAGAAACCAUAUGAAUGUAAAAAAUGCAGUAAAGCCUUUACUUCUUCCAGCUCUCUUCAGAUACAUGAAAGGAGUCACACUGGAGAGAAAUCCUAUGAAUGUAAAGAAUGCAGUAAAGCGUUCAGUUGUAAUAGUUCUCUUCGAAAACAUGAAAGAACUCAUACUGGAGAGAAACCCUAUGAAUGCAAAAAAUGCAGUAAAGCUUUUACCUCUUCCAGUUCUCUUCGAGUCCAUGAAAGAAUUCACACUGGAGAGAAACCCUAUGAAUGUAAAAAAUGCAGUAAAGCAUUCACUUGUUCCAGUUCUCUUCGUGUACAUGAAAGAAGUCACACUGGAGAGAAACCCUAUGAAUGUAAAGAAUGCAGUAAAGCAUUCAGUUCUUCCGGUGCUCUUCAAAAACAUGAGAGAACACAUACUGGAGAGAAACCCUAUGAGUGUAAAUUUUGUGGUAAAGCUUUCCGUUUUCCCAGUAAUGUUCAAGCACAUGAAAGAACUCAUACUGCAGAGAAACCUCAUGAAUGUAAAAAGUGCAGUAAAGCAUUCAUGUCUUCCAGUUCUCUUCAAAAACAUGAAAGAAAUCAUAAUAGAUAGAAACCCUAUGAAUUUAAAAAGGUAAUAAAACAUUUAGUUUUCUCAGUUCACUUCCAGAACAUGAAAGAAGUCACACUGGAGAGAAAUCCCAUGAAUGUCAGUAAAAUGGGAAAGCCUUUAAUUCUCAUGCAAACUUUUGAGGAUCUACAAGAAUGCACGCUAGAGGAAAAACCAUGUAAAUGUAGAGAAUGUGGGAAAGCCUUUUGUCAUCCCAGUUUUUUCUGAAGGUGUGAAAGGACGCACUUGAUGAUAAUCUCUUGAAUGUAAACAGCAUGGGAAGGACUUCAAUUGGCUUACAUCCUUCUCUGUGAAACUCCCACCAAAAAGAAAUGUAAAUGUAAGUCAUGAGAAAGCUUGAUAGAAAUUAAUUUUAUGUAGAGUUUUAGAAAACUUUCAACAUGGAAGAGUUGUUAUAAAAGUUGUAAUUAUAUUGUUUACCAAGCCUCUUAAAGUGCCACAUUGGAUUUUGGAUUUCUGUUAAUAACUUUCAGAAAUGAAUAUUGAGGUGAGAUAGUUGUGCAAGUCAUCCUUCAUCAAUACUAUGUAAACAUUAAUAGGUGCUUCUUUUUUUCUUAAAUCAGUUAAUGUCUUCUCUUUAAUUGUUUUAAAAUGUUUUAAUUGUGUUAAGGGGCCAUUGAAAAAUGACACAUUGUAGUCUUUGGGACUUUUUUACUGACUUUAUAUUGCAGUUCCAGGAUAUGCCUCAUCUGUUGUACGUAUUAUACAUUUCUUAGAGAAAGCUCCUUUUCUGAGGUGGCGGGUAUAGGAGCCUAUUUGCAGUUCCUAUUCUAUUAAACUGUUGGGAUAAGUUUUUAUGUGUGGCAAGAUAAUCAGAGUGUAUAGUGUACUGCGA